AUUGUCUGUGAAGCUUGAUUCUCAGUCGUCCAGGUGAGUUUACCUGCAGGUCAGUCAUGUCCACUGGACUUCUCUGUAGUUACUCAUCCGAGUAGCUUCUUCAGGCUGAGGGACACAGAGUCCUGUGUGAAAUCUCCGGACUGCAACAGACUGUAUUUAGAGUAUUUGACAGCUAAUGUUACACCUUUAUUUUUAAUUUAUAAUUUAAAUAUCGCUUAGUGGUUUGUACGUUCCCCUCACACCUCCAGGGUCAGGGGUUCGAGUCUCGCUCCCGCUCUGUGUGUGUGUGGAGUUCGUAUGUUCUCCCCGUGCUUGGUGGGUUUCCUCCGGGUGCUCCGGUUUCCUCCCACAGUCCAAAGACAUGCUUCUAGGCUGAUUGGAGUCUCUAAAUUGCCCGUAGUGAGAGAGAGUGAGUGAGUGUGUGUGUGUGUGUGUGUGUGUGUGUGUGUGCGUGUGCCCUGUGAUGGGUUGGCACUCUGUCCAGGGUGUAUCCUGCCUUGAUGUCCGACCUGAGGAUAGAUCAGAUAAUCGGUAGACAAUGAAAAAAUGUAAAUAUCUUGUGUGAGCGCGAGCUGAAACACUCAAGAGAAAACUUCAACUGAAAUAACAUAAAGGGUUUAUUCAAUACCACUUCACACUUAAACUGUACAGUAAAACGGCAGAUAUACAGACUACAGUAAAUCUUCCUAAUCAUUAUCUAUUAACAUUUAUUACACACCAAAGUAAUGAAUUACAUUUAUUCUAAUAACAUGACAUUUCCUUUAUUUAUUAUAUUGAAAACAAUGAACAAUAAAGCUCACAUUAACAUGGAAACACUGAUGUGUUUUCUUUCACAUCAGUAACCAAUCAGAGAGCAGUGUUUCACUCCCAGGUGUGUUUUGGGAAGAUUCCUCGGUGAGUGAAAUUACUGACUCCAUGAACUCUCCAGAGAACCAGGAAUAUUACGCUGAUAACUGCAAUAAACUGAUUUGUUUUCCACAUGAUGAUAACAUUUAUGCUGCUUUUUAGUCAUUCAACAAAAAUGCCUAAAAAUCCAACAACUGAAAAGUUCUUAUAUUCUGUCACACUGAAGAGGCUCUUCUAAACUUUAUAUUUAAUAAUGUAACCAUGGUAAUGUAAAUGAUAUAAGUAGUAUGCACUACAGUAAGGGCCCUUGCUCCCCUGUGACCUAUUUAAUCAGUGAGAUGAUCCCCAGUGUGAAACAUUAGUACAGUGCUAACAGUAAUAUGCUGAAAAGCAUGAAGCAGACCUGUCCCCUCCCCAACCACACACACACACACACACAGUGGGAGCUGCAGAGGCAGCAAGAUGGUGCCGCAGCGUGUGUGUGUGGCAGCAGGCCAGAACUCAGUGUGUGUUUCGGUGGUGUUGGAGCUGUUGGAGCAGCAGAACUGUCUUUAUGCAGAGCUGAUGGAGCAGCAGGAACGCAGAGUGACCGCUCUGAUGAAGAGGAUGGUGGACAUGAGCUCAGCACGGCUAACCAAGGAGCUCCAUGAACUCAAGAUUGGACUGCAGAGGGUUCACGCUGACGUCUCACUCCUCUGCCGACACACUGCCCUCACCGCACACUGCAUGGACAACCUGAGACAUAAACUGAUAGAGGACAGGAGGAUAGAGGGCAGGAAGGGUGGAAAAGUGGACAAGGAGACAGCAGGCAGGAAGGAGACUGGCAGAGGUGAAGGCAUGAAGACAGCAGAGAUGAAAAGAUUGGAGGAGUUCACCAAAGAACCCAAGGCUAAGAAACUGGUGGCAGAUCUGACUGACAUCCAACUUCAUGAUCUAAAGGCUGACCAACUCACAGAGGAACAGAUCACCGAGUUUAGGGAGGCUUUCAUGUUGUUUGAUAAGAAUGGAGACGGUUCUAUCAGCACUGCAGAGUUGGGCUCAGUGAUGCGCUCUCUGGGACAAAAUCCCACAGACACGGAACUGUACGACAUCAUCAGACAGGUGGACGCUGAUGGUAAUGGGAGAAUUGACUUCCCUGAGUUUAUCACUAUGAUGGUGAAAAAGAUGAAGGACACGGGCAGUGAGGACGAGAUCCACGAGGCCUUCAAAGUGUUUGAUAAGGAUGGAAAUGGCUUCAUCACUGGGGCGGAGCUACGUGCUGUCAUGACAAACCUUGGUGAGGAAGUUACAGGACAGGAAGUGGAUGAAAUGAUCAGAGAAGCAGAUAAGGAUGGAGACGGACAGGUCAACUACCAAGAGUUUGUACAGAUGAUGAAAGCUCAGUGACCUCUCCAUCUCACAUCUAAUCACAAUCUGUUUAUUUAACCUUUUUGUGAUUGUUCUAAAUAAAAGUGAAGUAAAAAGUCUUUUUUUUCAAAAAAUUGAAAAAAAGAGUGAUGUCUCUCCAAGAUGUCUCAGAAAACAGGAUUGAGUGUAAAUUCAUACCUGUCCCUCCCAGCCUGAGGGCUUUCAGGUGAUAUACUCACUGACCUUUCUAUAAUCUUCCUAUUCGGACUCUGUGUGUAUUAGGUGAAAUAAGUCAACAGUUUUUAUAAACAGACCGGAGCUGUUAUUGUGGAAACAAUGGAGAGCAAAAAAACAUUAAAAAAAAAUCAAUAAACUGAAACCCUAAA